AUGCCCGGCGACAUCGAGCGGCUGAAGGAUGAGGGCACGAAACAGCAGGUUGUAAUCGCUGGCGGAGUAGCAGGCCUCGUGUCCCGGUUCUGCAUCUCACCUCUCGACGUCGUCAAGAUCAGACUGCAGCUUCAGCCGCAUUCGCUCUCGGAUCCCCUGUCGUGCGAUGGCAUCAAAGGUCCCAUCUACAAAGGGGCCUUUUCGACUCUGAGAGCAAUCGUCCGGCAAGAAGGGGUCCGCGCCUUAUGGAAAGGCAACAUCCCAGCGGAGCUGAUGUAUGUCUGCUACGGCGGCGUGCAGUUCACGGCCUACCGCUCCAUCACCCAGGCUCAGAGUCUCUUGCCAAAACGCGCUCCACCGUCUGUCGAGUCAUUUAUCAGUGGUGCCGGGGCCGGGGCUUGCGCAACCACGGCUACGUACCCCCUGGAUCUUCUCCGGACGAGGUUCGCCGCGCAAGGGCCCGAACGAGUCUACAAAGGCUUGUUUUAUGCCGUACGAGACAUCAGUCGGAGAGAAGGCUUUCGCGGAUUCUUCAGGGGCCUGAGUGCCGCUGUGGGCCAGAUCGUGCCGUACAUGGGCCUCUUUUUCAGCAGCUACGAGUUCCUACACCAGCACAUCGGUGGCAAGACCUUGCCGUUCGGGUCGGGCGAUGCUAGUGCAGGGAUCCUUGCCAGCAUAUGUGCCAAGACGGCUGUCUUCCCACUGGAUCUGAUGAGGAAGAGACUCCAGGUGCAGGGCCCCACGAGAACGCAUUACGUUCAUACGAACAUCCCCGAAUACAAGGGUGUGAUACGCGGUCUAGCGAUGAUUUGGAAGAGAGAAGGCUUUAGGGGCUGGUACCGCGGCCUGACCGUCAGUCUGAUCAAGGCUGCUCCAGCAUCCGCGGUCACAAUGUGGACAUACGAGCGGGUCCUCCACGCGUUGAUUACAACGGACAAGAAUGACGAGCUGUGGGAAAUGUAUACUGGUUAUGAUGAUGAUUGUGAUGACUGA